CCACCAUCACACCAUCGCCGAUCUUCAUCUCUCACUCACGACCAUCCCAUUCAAUCACCACCACCACCACCACACCAUCGCCGAUCUUCAUCUCUCACUCACGACCAUCCCAUUCAAUCACCACCACCACCACCACACCAUCGCCGAUCUUCAUCUCUCACUCACGACCAUCCCAUUCAAUCACCACCACCACCACACCAUCGCCGAUAUUCAUCUCUCACUCACGACCAUCCCAUUCAAUCACCACCCACCAUCACCACCACUAAGCUUGAUCUUGAUCACCAUGGAGUCGAACUCAUCGUCAUCAUCACCAUCAUCACCGGACAUUCUGAUCGUGAUCGCCGGCCUGCUGCGAGAGCCGGCCGGCACGCGGCCGCUCGUCUUCACCGUCGUCCUCCUCCUCUACGCGGUGGCGCUCGUCGGCAACCUGCUGCUGUGCGCCGCCAUCUACCGCGACCCGCGCCUCCACAGGCCCAUGUUCAUCCUGCUCGCAAACCUGGCCAUCAGCGACGUCGUCGGCUGCUCCGCCACGCUGCCGCGCAUCAUGCGCGACCUGGCGGCGCCCAACCUCAUCACGGUGGGCGAGUGCGUCGCCCAGACCAUCGCCAUCCACUUCUACCGCGCCCUCGAGUGCUUCGUGCUCUCGGCGAUGGCCCUCGACCGCUACGCGGCCGUCUGCAGGCCCCUGCGCUACCACGGCGUGGCCACCAACGGGCGGGCCCUCGCCGCGGCCGCGGCGGCCGCGGCCGCCGCGGCCGCCGCCGUGGCGCCGAUGCUGGCGCUGCAGCUGCGGCUGGAGCUGAGCGAGUGCCCCCUGCGCAAGGCCAUCCCGUCGGCGUACUGCGACAUCAUGGGCCUCGUGCGCAUCUCGUGCAGCGACGGCAGCGCCAGCAACGCGUACGCCGUCGCGGUCGCCGCGGUGACCGUGGGCGGGUCGCUCGCGGUCGUGACCUUCUCCUACGCGAGCAUCGCCCACGAGUGCCUCGUCAAGCGGGGCCGGGUCGGCCACUCGGCGCCCCACGCCGCCUCGACCUCCGCGGGCGCCCAGAACCCGUCCACGCUCGCGGCCGGCUCGACCUCGGCCAAGCCCGGCGUCGCCGGCGUCGCCGCCGUCGCCGCCACGCGUCGCGACAAGGCCCUGCGCACGUGCGUCACCCACGUGCUGGUGCUCACCGUCUUCUACGCCCCGCUGCUCUUCGUCAUCAUCUACAACCGCGUGGACAAGCUCUUCCCAAUGCCCGACACGACCCGCUCGGCCCUCACGUGCCUCUUCUACACGGCGCCGCCCGCGCUCAACCCCGUCAUCUAUGGCCUGCGCACGGGCGCCAUCAGGCGCGCCGUGGUCGCGAUGGUGCCGCGCCACCGGCGCGCCAAGGGGGCCCAGAGCUCCACCCUGAGCCUGGUCCCCAGAUCUGUGUAAU